GGUCGCCACUGCAAGACUAGACCAGGAAACGAAACCUAAAUAGGCAAGAUUUGCCUGCAGUCAGGAAUUGAAACCUAAGCGCUAAGUUUCCUAUGCAUACGGAGUAUUCCUGCAUUUGUCUGGCAGCAGCAGCUCAUUUCAGCAGAGGUGUAUUUAACAGCAGUUUGGUUACUAUGGAUGUUAACCCUGACUCCCCAUACUACAUCAACUUGCUUGACAGCAAGACUCAUCCUGAAGAUCACAGAGAAUAUGUGAUGUUUCAUGGCUGCUCAAAAGAGGGCGCAGAGUUGAUUAAAAGGGAAGGUUUCAAACCAUCAAGAGCAGAUAUCAGCAUGCUUGGUGCUGGUGUUUAUGUUAGUCGGGACAUCCGAAAAGCCUGUAAAUACCCUCUUGAUGUUCCUGACUCUGAGAAAAGAGUACUUAAAGUCAGAGUGGAUGUCGGCAGGGUUAAGGUCAUAGACAGGCAGUACCACCCCAUGCAGAAGACAUGGCACACUGUGCAUGGCUUUGAUACUGCCUGGGUUCCACCUAAUGUUGGCAUGGUGCGGAGCAACCAACAGGAGAACUGUGUCUACGACCCGAAGAGAAUCAAAGUCAUUGAGGUCAUGAAGGUUACCGAAGAGAACUUAUCUCAGUAUGAUCAUCUUCAGAGUGGAGUCACCCCUGAGGACAGCCACGUCUAUGUGAUGUAUCAUGGAACAUCAAAACAGGCUGCAGUAGAAAUACAGAGACAUGGCUUCACCCCAUCUAGAGUUGGCAUGCUUGGUGCAGGUGUCUACCUCAGUCGAGACAUCAGAAAAGUCAUUAGAUACCCCCUUGGUUCUUCUGACUCAGACAGGAUGGUUCUGAAAGUAAAGGUGAAUGUUGGCAGAGUUAAAGUCAUCAACAAAAUAGGUCAUGACAACCAAUACAACUGGCACACUCAUGGUUUUGACACUGCCUGGGUUCCACCUGGUGUUGGCAUGGUACCAAGCAACCAAGAGGAGGACUGUGUCUACGACCCAACGCGAAUCAAAGUGAUGGCAUUGCUGGAUGUCGCCAACUUAAAAAAGGUAAACCCAUGGUUAAACACUAUGCAGUGGAACUGAUGAACUCUGCAUUCAGUGGGAGCUUCCAGCAUCACCUCAUGGUCAUCAGAAGAGGAUGGUUAGAAUCAGACGGUCCCACAUGAUACAGCUCAUAGGAAGUAGAAGCUGAUGAUUUGACAUGGCAAUCUAUAUGCAAUCAAUCAUAUAACCUUAUCAUAUCAAAUAUUUUCGAAAUAUAAUCAAUCAUAUUUACUUUAUGUCAAUAAUGCAUGUGUAUCAAUGAUCAUAUGU